AUAAGGAAUGAUAAAGUGGCCUUUACAAUCACUUAUAAAGAAAAUGGUUCUAAAUGAAGUCAUAUGUUAUAUUGUAUUAUACAUAGUAUAUGACCUGUAUAUAUUUCUAUUAAAUACUAUUUUGAUGUUGUUUAAAUCACUUUUUGAAUCUUUGUGAAUCCACACACCUUACCAUUAAGCUGAUCUCAUGAUUUAUUGCACAGGAAAUUACAACAUGGAGAUAAGUUCCAGUGUCAACUGACAAAAUUUUUGGAUUGUUUCACAUGUCACCAGAAAAGAGAAGAAUACUAAGUUAUCAUUAACUUGGGAUCUGGAGAUAAUUAUACAGUUUCAAGCAUUUCUUAACCCACUUUCAGUAGCAUUCAAUUUUUCUUACAUUUUCAUUAAAAAUGCAAUUGGUUUCCAUGUUUUUCACAUUUUUUAUAAAAAUUUUAGUUUAAAUUUUUUUAACCUCUCCCAAUACACAGGCUAUGGAGUGUAUUGCAAAUUCAUACAUGAUGUAUUUUAAUUUUAGUAACACCAGUAGGCCCUGUUGCGUAUACAUCAUAAUCCAUAUUUUUUCAGGGAGUUUUAAACCUUUAAAUAGGGCGGCUUCAAACGUUUCAAUUGUAUCACUCUAUUCACUUUCUACGCCAGUUAGAUCAAUGCCUGUUUAUGUCAUGGUGUGUAAAAGAUAAAUUGUAUGUGGUACGGACAUGCAAUUGUGCUCCAUUGGUAAUCCAUUGAAAAACAUUUUUGAUUUUGUGGCAGAAAGCCAUUUAGCAUGUUUAUCAGUAUAAACAAAACAUGUGGGCUCGGCAUGUGUUCGGAGAACGCGUUAUUGCCGCUCUGUGGAAAUUUCGAAAAUUUACGUGAUAGUAUCACCGUUACUUGUGCUGUGUUAGAGGUGUGUUGUUACAAUUACUGUUAUGUUAAAUAUCCAUUCCAUUUAGAAGUGAUGCCAAUUUUUGACCCAAAGGAGGAAGGGCCUGUAGAAGAAGCAAAGAUGAAGGGUCAUGAGUUUGGUGAUGUAACUGUCAUAAGUGCUUUGUCUUGCAAUACGGUGGACAUGGGAAACAAAAAAACAAGAAUCUGUCUGUGACAGAAAAAAUAAAUGAUCACAGAGUUUCUGAGUCUGGAAACAAAAUGACUACCGACAAUUUUACAGGACUUAUCAAUAAUGCAGCAGGAUUAGAUCUUAAUCACAGAAAACCUGUACGCAUCAUAGAGGAUAAUCCAGCUAAUAUGAAACCUGAUAUGCAAGUUCCAUCAACCUCUGCUGCUCAGAACUUUUCCGCAGGGGAAACACCUGUAAUUUCAUCAAGUAAUAAGGGUGUGUGCCAAAAUAUGUACCAGUGGGGACAAGUUGGUUCAGCACAACAGUUUAAUGACAGUUGUCAGUAUAGUUAUGGAAAUGCACAUAUAGCAUUAAGCUACUGGGACAAGCAAUUUGGACAGUCUGAUACCAACACAGUACCACCUGCUAACUUUCAGCACUGGAUCAUUUCCAGUUCAAACAACAGUAAUAACAACACACUCGUCUCUCCAAAUAUGAAGAAAUCUGUUGGCAGACCAAAAGGAGGUGCUGAGAGUGUAAAGUAUUAUCAAUGUCCACUAUGUGGAAAAUCUGUUCAGAGACUCAGUCUGCACAUGCGAAUGCACACUGGGGAUCGGCCAUAUCAGUGUUCUCAGUGUGGUCAGCGGUUCACACAGUUAGGAAGUCUAAAGAAACACCAGACCCUUCAUUCAGAAGAAAAGCCAUUUCACUGUAAUGUGUGUGGUAAAUGUUUUAGGUGUAAAUCAGACCUAUCAUUGCAUUUAAAACUUCAUACUGGCAAAAGUUUUGACUGCCCUCAUUGUAGUAAAUCUUUUGUAACUCAAAAAGCUAUUGAUAAUCAUGUGAGAAUACAUACGGGGGAGAAGCCUUAUUUGUGUCAUGUGUGUGGCUUGUGUUUCAAUCAGGAAGGGAACCUUUCUAUGCACGUGAAAGUACAUACUGGAGAGAGACCAUUUCAGUGUUCUGUUUGUAACAAAUACUUUGCUACAAAAACUCACUUGGAAAAACAUGUGCGCACUCACACUGGGGAAAAACCAUACACAUGUGCGACAUGUUUGAAGUCCUUCAGUGAUCGAGGUUAUUUCAUGAGACACCUUGCGGUACAUACCGGAGAAAAGUCUCAUGUUUGUAAUGUAUGUAACAAAGCAUUCACACAGAGGAUAAGUCUUAAACGGCAUUCAAGGAUACAUACUGGCGAGAAACCAUUUGAGUGUAUUAUUUGCAAGGAAGCAUUUUCCCUGAAACGUGAUCUCAAGAGGCAUGGUGAAAAAGUUCAUAAUAUAGACAAAGCCAUAAUUCCAAUACAGCACCAGCUGGAACAUUUUCAACUUUUUACAGGCAGUGUAACUGAACAUUCUGUGAAUCACCAUCAGUAUUAAUUGCUUUAAUUUUUUCACUGUGGUAUAUAGCAUGUAUUGUUUCUUAGACACUACCUUUUUAAAAUAUCUGAGAGGAACACGUUUAUUAAAUGCAUGUUGACUAAACUGAGUAUAAAUUAUGUAUCACCUGCAGUAUCCUACUACAGACUAAAUUUAUGCUGUUUUCCCUGUGACAGUACAAGUUGACUGUGCCCCCUUUUGAAGUACUACAGUAAUGUUUUGACAUGUACAUGUCAUUCUAGUAUUUACCAUUUUAUUGUAAUGGACAGGAAAUAGGAUCUGAAUUAAGAGUGACAUUUCAAGCUUAUUUGUCUGUUGAAAGACACCAUCUGAAUUCUUUUACAGCUGUUGUUUAAGAACAAAUUGUGAACAAAUUGUAACAUUGUAAAAUGAAUUUUAAAUUACAGGCAAUUAUACUACUGCAGAUGGAGAUCAGUAAGGCCCAGUGUUCUUGCAUUAGUUGUCCCUGAUAUUUUGCCUUUAUUAUGUUGUGUCAACUUGAAACAUGCACCAGUUAAAAUUAAUGAAGUACAAAUGUAAUGUUAAAAGGUAUGUCAAUUAUAGCUAAUAUUUUUUUUUGUGCAGAGUUAGAACUAGUACCUGAAAACAUGUCAUAAUAAUAUAAGAACUGUACUGUAAUUAUGAAAUAUAUUUUAAAAUCUGUUUUAUAAAUUACACAGUUUUUGAUAGAUCCUUGUUACCACAUUUGACAAGAAUAUAGUUGUAAAAAAAUA